AUGGGUUUGCCAGACCUGGAUCAAGACAUUGCGCCUAUCCCCCGUUCGCGGGAGGAGAACCAAGAGAGAGCCUUCAUUGCCGCCUCAAGGCGCAAGGAUCGCAGCUUGGAUGCCAGACUGGAAUCCGCAAAUAGGGCUUCCAUGCUCCAUAAGAAGCGCACAGGCAAAGGCUUCCACAUUACCAAAGACAUUGUCGAGAAAGAAGCCAUGUAUGAAGAAGUCGAUGAGCGAUAUCAAGAAAAACGCAUCAAAAUGCUGCAAGCCCAGAACAUGCAAAUCGAAGAGGAAUUCCACCAACACCUCCUGAAAGCUUUCGCCAAGAGAGCAAGCUACUCCAACGCCUCCUCCAUCGCCAGCAGAAGAGCAAGCAACAUCACCCCACUCCCCUCAGUCGACAACUCCCGCAAAAUGAGCCUGGACCUCUCAAACCUCCGCUCAUCCCCCUUCCAUCAACCUCAUCCCCAAACCCAACCCCAAUCCCAAAUGAUCAGCCCCAUGCCAAACGACUACGUGCUCUCCCCCUCCGCCUCCUACGACCAACCCUCCUACAUCAUGCCCGAAAGCCCUUACACCAUGGCCCCGGCAACCCCCGCCUACGUCCAGCCCUGGCAAAACCAACCCUACUCCUGGAUGCAGAUGCCAACCCCAGACCAAACCCCCACAGAUGCAGUCCAGAUGUGGCAGCAGCAAAUGAUGCACCAAGCCCCGGAGAACGUGCAAAUGCGCCAGUUCAGAGACCGUCUCGCCUCCGCCCCGGAUAUCCUGCACCACACUCCUCCGGCUGCUCCUGCGGCCCAAACCAACGGCCACAGCCAAACCAACAGCCACGGCCAAGCUCACGGCCACUCGCGCGGCCAGUCUCAGCCCUCCGCUUCCUUCCACAACCUGCACCUCCUGACACAGUCGCAUGUCCCGAAAUUCGAGGCCUCAGAGCCCACCCAUUCGGACUUUUGCCCUACGCCGCAUACGCCUGUGUCGCCUAUGACUGCGGCAUUGAAGGUAGAGCUCCAGCCUGCUGUGAAGGUUGAGGCUGAUGCUAUGGUGUCCGGAGAGCUGGAUCCCGAUUUUACGGAUUUCAGCCAGUUUGCGCUGCAUCUGGGCAAUGUGUCUGAGCGGGAGCCGUUUGGGUUUGAGGAUUUUGCCGAUGAGUUUGCUACUAGCGUUUCUUGUUGA